AUCUACGCCGCCGUGAUGAGUGUCGCCGGCGUCUACCGUUUAACUCUUUCUCUCCCGCCGGUACUCGUUCUUUUUUUGUCUCUCGCUCUCACGAAACAAUGAUUUUUGAGAUAAAUUAGUAAUCUUGCUGCUCUGUUUCCAGAAAUGUUAUCUCCAUAACUUCAGCAUUCCCGUUAAUGGCAAUCACACUCCAUCUCUGCUACCACAUCGCUACUCUGUAUUCCACCAUAGUCGCCGAUUGGUUACCUCCUCUAGUCACAAAAUUGGCUUCGAAUAAAUCUGAUGCUGAGGCUGAGCCUUCAUAUGGUGAAGGUGAAAUGUUGGAUAAGAAUGGGACAAGGAGGAGCAACCCGUUCGUUUCAGAAGAGCUUCUCAAGAAGCUGAAGAGAUAUGGACUCUCUGGAAUAUUAUCCUAUGGGUUACUUAAUACGGUCUAUUACUCCACAGCUUUCCUCUUGGUGUGGUUUUAUGUGGCCCCAGAACCGGGAAAAAUGGGUUAUCUUGCUGCGGCUGAGAGAUUUCUUAAAGUGAUGGCCAUGGUCUGGGCUGGAAGCCAAGUUACUAAGCUCAUCAGAAUCGGAGGGGCAGUCGCACUUGCACCUAUUGUUGAUAGAGGAUUGUCGUGGUUUACAGUAAAAUGCAAGUUUGAAAGUCAGGGAAAAGCUUUUGGCGCACUGGUUGGGAUAUGUCUUGGUCUGGCUUUGAUGCUAUUUGUCGUUGUGACACUGCUUUGGGCAUAGCACAGAAUUAUAGCUACAUUAAGUAGGUUUUGGCUUUUACAAUAACUGUGGUUUUUGGUUACAACGGUAUGGGACUAUAUAUGGACUUUAGGGACAUUGUCGACAUUCCUUUCUUGUUUAACAAUUAAGUGUAAAAAUAAUUAAACAUGGGGCAAUGUUACAAGUGAUUUUUUUUUU